CGACCCUUCGCCAGAGGCUCGUUGGAAAGGAUUGAAAGAGUUGGGAAAACAUAACAUCUCUUAUGUCACGGGCUGGUCUCGGAAAUCUCGACUCUUAAAACCACCAAAACCCAAGUCAGAACUGUUCGCAGGCAGCGCCUAAGAACACAAUCUCUCCUACCUUGCUGGGUUCCAAGGUCACAGAUCAACUGUGUUGACGCCUCGACCACUACCCGCCGCUGCGUUAUGUACCAACAGAAUGCAACCAUGGCCGGACAACAGAUCCCAGAGACGUUCAUGCUGAGCGCGGAAGCUCAGCACAACCUUCCGGAGGAUGCUCAGGUAGCUCUGCACCAAGUUGAUAAUCUCAAAUACUUUCUCCUUUCGGCACCAGUUGACUGGACUGCCGAUCAAUACAUUAGGCGGUUUCUCCUCCCGACUGGCGAAUACGUUUCGUGCGUGCUAUGGAACAACCUCUUCCACAUCUCCGGGACAGACAUCGUAAGAUGCCUGUCGUUCCGUUUCCAAGCCUUUGGGCGGCCGGUGAAGAAUUCCAAGAAGUUCGAGGAGGGCAUCUUCUCGGACCUGCGCAAUCUCAAGUCAGGGACCGACGCCACGCUCGAGGAGCCCAAGAGCGCGUUCCUGGACUUCCUCUACAAGAACAACUGCAUUCGUACGCAGAAGAAGCAGAAGGUCUUCUACUGGUACAGCGUUCCUCACGACAGGCUGUUCUUGGACGCCCUGGAGCGGGAUCUGAAGAGGGAGAAGAUGGGCCAGGAAGCCACAACGGCCGCCGUUAGCGAGCCGGCCCUCUCCUUCCAGUUCGAUUCGUCGCAGUCGCUGUACGAGCAGCUCACGAAGGCCCAGCAAGCGAACUCGUCAUCCUUCAACCCGCAAUCCGUUUCCUUCUCCCAACAGCAGACCACCUCUCCGGUGAUGGCGCCGAUCGACUCGAUGCCUCCCCCGCAGAUGAUGCACCAGCCGAUGCCUCAGCAGAUCCCCCAGCAGAUGCCCCAGCAAAUGCCUCAGCAAAUGCCUCAGCAGCUCCCCCCGUCGAUACCCCAAUCAAUGCCCCCGAUGCCUCAAACGAUGGCCCCGAUGGCGGACGGCAUGGAGUCUAUGGCGCCAUACGGAGCGAUGGCGAUGGCGCCGAGCAUCCCCCCGUCCCAGCCGGCAGUCAAGCGGGAACCCGAGUACGCGCAGCACCCCCGCGUUCAGUACAACCAGAACGGUGUCCCAAUGAACCAGACACACCAACGGCAUACGUCGAUGCCCGCGUUCGGCUUGGAGUACUCGCCCGCCCCGUCGUUCGUAUCGUCCCACUACGAGGAUUACAGCCAGAGGGGGAUCUCCUUCGAGCCGUUGACCCCUCCGCAGCAGUCGCUUGCCAUUGGUGGCGAGCCUGCGUACAUCGCCAACGAGGAAACGGGCCUAUACAGUGCUAUCCCCGACCAUCUCAACCCUGUCGGUGCCCUAAAUGGCAUGCUCCACCUCCCGCCAUCGAACUUGUCAGGUCCUUCGUUUCCGCGGAGCUAUGGGCCGAACAAUGUGUACUCGUCUGUCAUCGAAGGCUCGCCGACGUACAAGCAACGGAGGCGGCGCUCAUCCAUCCCUCCCUCGCUCUCAGCUACCACCGCGGCGAUCGCUGCGGCAACCUCAGGCAACCACCGCCCCUCAGAUCUCAGGAGGUCAGUGUCGGCCUCGGUCGGCCCCGUUGCCGAAGGUGAGGAGUCCGGGGACACCUCGCCCCCGGGUCUGACAUACAGCGCAUCCGGUAUGCCGCAGCACAAGGAGGUGCUUGAUCUGUCGCGUCAUGGGACACCGUUGUCGGCUGUGGAGGGCAGCCCCGCUCUCAACCCCAUGGCUCUUCAGCAACACGACUACUCGCCGCUACCAGUCGACGAACUAGGACCCCUGAACGACCAAAGGCCAAUGAUGCAUGGAGGCCCUAGCGUGGUACGCAGAGCCCGCUCCGCAACCGUCAUGGAACUUGGCCCCUAUCCCCAAAAGUCCCACACCUGCCCCAUCCCUUCAUGCGGUCGUCUCUUCAAGAGGUUGGAGCACCUUAAGCGGUAAGACUUGAAAAAAUAUUUCAUUUGUAAACAUGUGAAGCUCCUGCGGUGUAUCUGACCAAAACCUUCUAG